AUGAGUGCAUCAGACGGCACGUUGGUGGUGGGAGUCGACGUUGGAGGUACCAACACUGACAGCGUGCUCUUGGAUGUCUCAAAGUCCAGCACGGAUGCUGUUGUCGCAUCUCACAAAGCCCCAACAACGUCAAACGUAACUCACUCCGUCCAGGCCACCUUGAAAGCUCUGCUGGACAAGUCAACCGCAGACCCCGCCAACAUCACUGCGCUCGCCAUCGGCACGACGCACUUCCUCAAUGCCAUCAUUGAAAGAGACACAUCUCGGGUGGAAAAGAUUGCUGUCCUCCGCUUGGCAUCUCACAACUUUUCAACAGGCACUCCACCUUUUGCGGACUGGCCCUCGGCAUUGAAGCGCAUCAUCAACGGUCACUCGGCCAUCAUCCCCGGCGGCUGCAACAUUGACGGCACUCUCAUCGGGCCCAUCGACGAGGAGUCUAUUCGCGAGCAGGCGAGGCAGAUCAAGUCCAAGGGGCUCAAGAACGUUGCAGUCAUCGGCAUCGGAUGCAGUACCGACAAGGACUACCACCAGGAGGAUGAGGUCCGCAAGAUCCUGCUUAGCGAGCUGGGCGAAAAUGUCAAUAUCGUCCUCUCGCACAACAUCGCCGGACCGGGACUCCUCGCCCGCGAGAAUGCGACGAUUCUCAACGCCUCGAUUCUAAACUUUGCGCAGCGCACCAUCAGAGCCUUCAUCGGCGCCAUGCGACGCAUCGGUCUCCAGUGCCCGCUGUACUUGACCUCCAAUGCCGGCCACCUUCUGCCCUUCUCAGAAGCCAUGCAGGCCCCCAUCAGGAUCUUCUCCUCGGGUGCAACAAAUUCCAUUCGAGGCGCUGCGUUCCUCGCCAGGGAUUCGAUAGACAAGUCAGGGAGCAUCGUCGUGGACAUUGGCGGCACCACGUCCGACGUCGGAUACCUGCUGAGCAACGGAUACCCUAGAUUGUCCAAGAGCUAUACGGCACUGGCCGGCGUCAAGGUGAAUCUGGAGAUGCCUUCCGUCGAGAGCAUCGGUCUGGGAGGAGGCUCUAUUCUCCAUAGCGCGGACGACGGCUCCGUAGCUGUUGGGCCUGAUAGCGUAGGCCACGACCUUAUUACCAAGGCCCUGUCCUUCGGAGGCGAUACCACAACCGCUACGGAUGUCGCAGUCGCGUCAGGUGCUAAGAUUGGCACCACGGCUGUGUCUCUGGCGAGCGACGUUGUCGAAAAGGGCAAGGCGCGUAUCCGCAAGAUGCUCGAGGCCGUCAUUGAUCGCGCGAAGUUGUCUCCCGAACCAUGCACAGUCAUCCUCGUCGGCGGUGGCUCGAUUCUCUGCCCUUCGGAGCUCACAGGCGUCAGCAAGGUCGUAGUCCCUGAACACGCCGGUGUCGCGAAUGCGAUCGGCGCAUCUAUUGCCAAGAUUUACGGCUCCGCUGAGACGAUUAUCCACGGCUCAGACAUCCAAGGGGGCAUCACAGAAGUCAAAGCCCGGGCUAUCCAGAACGCAGUCGCCAAGGGCGGUGAUGAGAGCUCCGUGACUGUCCUUCACGAGGAGAUUGCGGGUGUUCCUUACGUCGAGAACCAGACGUCCAUCAAGAUUGAAGUUGCGCUGCCGGCAGACCAUAAGCGCGUGUACUCGGAGAUGGUGAAGACGGCCGCGCCUGACCAGCUGGUCGACGAGGAGAUGUUUGAGGAGACCAAAAAGCACGAAGCCGAGGACGCGGAGGAUCACCCGGAAGACGAGGUCGUUGACCUUAAGAGCUACAAGCCCAAGGUCGAAUCCAACGGCUUGUGGACGCUCUCCGAGACUGAUCUCAGGUUCUUGUCCAUCGGGUGUUACAUCCUAGGCUGUGGCGGUGGUGGUUCUCCCUACGCCCCAUACUUGCAGCUGAAGCAGUUGUUGGCCGAGGGCGAAUCGAUGAAGAUUAUUCGGAUCGAGGACCUCAAGGACGACGAGAUGAUGCCGCCGGUCGCUAGCGUUGGCACGCCUGCCGUAAGUAUCGAGCGGCCGGGUGGUGACGGAGUAUGGCACGCGAUGCAAGAGAUGGAGAAAGAGAUGAAGACCAAGUUCGAGAGGCUCAUCGCCACGGAAAUUGGCGGCGCCAACGGAGUCGCCACACUCAUCUGGGGAAGCUCGCGCUACUACGACAUCCCGACCGUCGACGGUGACAUGAUGGGACGCGCAUACCCCCAGUUCGAAAUGGUCUCGCAGUACAUCCACGCCAAAUCCGUCAACGAGCUCCUUCCCGUAACCCUUUGCAGCGGCACCGGCCACAAUGUCGUCAUCCCAGCUACCCAGACGGACGAGACCUCGGCCGGCAUCGCCAUCCGCGACGCCUGCGUGGCCAUGGGCUCCGCCGCGGGCGCCGCGGGACGUCCGAUCCCGGGUAAGCUGAUGCGCGAGGUGGGUAUUCCCAACACGUACUCGCUCGCGUGGCGCCUGGGUCGUGUGGUGGCGUUGGCGCAGCAGGCUGGUACGGUGUCGACUGUCACGAAGGACAUCAUCGAGGCCGCGGGAGGGCCGGGAAGCGCGCGGGUGUUGUUCCAGGGUAAGAUCCGGAGCGUGGAAAGCACGUUGACUGCGACGGCGCAUAGUCUGGGCAAGGUCACUGUUGAGAGGCUUAGUGAGAGCGAGAUGGAAACCGAGACGGAUCGUAUUGGGGAGGGGUUGAAGGAGGUUGUUGUGCCGUUCAUGAAUGAGAACUUGGGGGUUUUGGGUAAGGGCGAGAGUGGCAUCGAAACGGUCCUCGCUACUGUACCCGACCUCAUCUUCCUCCUGGACACGUCGACCGGAGAAGCCAUCGGCGUCCAAGAGUACCGGUACGGUCUCAAGGUCGCCGUGAUGAUCAUGGCCGGACAUCCGCUCUGGGCCACGGAACGGGCGCUCGAGAUCGCGGGGCCUAAAGUCUUUGGGCUGGAACACGACUACGUCCCGACGCUGCAGUACGUCAAGCCCGUCAGUGUAAUUGAGGAGUUCCGUCACGGGUGCGGCGGGGAGAAUUGCACGAAUUGCCAGUAUAAGUGGUAA